AGAAGCUGUUUCUUCGACCCCUGUACGAAGUUGCACAACUCGCGGAGGAAAUGGCGGCCAUCAGGUGUAGAACGGUUUAUAGUUGCCAACCAGUCAAGUACCUUCGAAGUUGACGCAUUAGACAUGUAACUGUCUCUCGCCGUAUCGGGGUCAGUGGGCACAGAAAUAUGUUUGCAAGUGGAGAGAAAGCCAGUUUGUGUCGGACGGUGAAGACAUAACAGGAACCCCAGACUCUUGACAUUUGGAAACAUUGCUGGUACAGUCCGACCCCCUUUUGCAGAAGAAUGGCCAAAGAGCAGAAACAAAGCAGGGUGGAAACUUUUGUACUGGCUGGAUCAAAUGGUCACAAUGGCCAAGAAUGGCAGACUGGCCUGAGUAACAUGGCCCAUCAUCCUCCAGGCACGAGCCACAUGUCGAGGAUGGCCCGCGUCGCUUCAGACGUGAGGCUCAAGUGUGCGGCCUACGUGCUCGCACUGAGGCCGUGGAGCUUCAGCGCCUCGCUCACGCCGGUGGCCCUCGGCAGCGCCUUGGCGUACAAACUGGGGGGUUCUGUGGACUUGGUCAUCCUGAUGGUGUGCGCGGUGACCGUCCUGAUGGUCCACGGGGCGGGAAACCUUGUGAACACCUACUAUGACUUCUCCAAAGGAAUUGACCACAAGAAGAGCGACGACAGGACUCUAGUGGAUGAAAUCUUGGCUCCGCAGGACGUCGUUAUGUUCGGAGCGCUGUUGUAUUCUUUGGGGUGCUUGUGUGCCACUCUGCUCUACUUCCUGUCUACCCUUAGACUGGAGCACCUAGCCCUCAUUUACUUCGGGGGACUGUCCAGCUCUUUUUUAUACACUGGAGGCAUCGGCCUCAAGUAUGUGGCCCUGGGAGACGUGGUGAUCCUCAUCACCUUCGGCCCGCUGGCGGUCAUGUUUUCCCACGCGGUGCAGGUCGGCUAUCUGUCGGUGCUGCCGCUGGUGUACGCCGUGCCGCUGGCCCUCAACACGGAGGCCAUCCUCCACAGCAACAACACCAGAGACAUGGACUCUGACAAGCAGGCGGGCAUCGUCACCCUGGCCAUCCUGAUAGGCCCCACGCUGUCCUACGUCCUCUACAACCUGCUGCUUUUCGUCCCCUACGUGCUCUUCUGCAUCCUCGCCACCCGGUACACCAUCAGCAUGGCGCUGCCUCUGCUCACGCUGCCCAUGGCCUUCCCUUUGGAGAAGCUGUUCCGCAGCCGAUGCUAUGCCAAGAUCCCCCAGAAGACGGCCAAGCUCAACCUCCUCAUGGGACUUUUCUACGUGUUCGGGAUCAUUCUGGCCCCCCCUGGAAGCUUGCCGUCACUGUGAUUAAUAGGAUUUGAGAAUUCCUCAUUUUCUUGUUUUAAUGCAGAAUAGUUUAUGUACCGCUUUGUAUUUGUACAAAGCUCUUUGAGGGCUUUCGCUGGCUUUAAUUUAUUGUCAUAUUUAUAUGUUAAACAGAGAUUUAGUUUAGGUCCACCUCUGUGACACUGACGGCAUAAUCUGGGGUAUUUUUCAGUAUUAAGCCUGCUGUAACGUUUUGAUAUGUUGGUGUCAUUUUGUAGAGAUAGGCAACACUUUCAUCGGAUAAUAAACUUACAGUUGCCAUAUUUGUUGUUCCCCAAGGCACAACACUGAUACGUGAAAACAUUAAUAAGCCCCUAAUCUGAUAUUCUCAACGUUGUACUCUCUGCAUGGUACAUGCUCUUAAAUUGUUUUGUUUUUUUCCCUUUGGAGAGCCAAAUAGUAUUUCAUUUGAUUGUAAUAAAACUCACUGAUGCUGA